ACACACGAACUAAGUUCGCUCCUCACAACUUUCCCACUUCGCCUGUAUAAAAUGGAUGAAAAAAUUAAAAAUAAGAAACCGGCGACCACUAUUUUACCGGAUAGAGUUGGUGACAAGCCGUCUUGGCAGUCGAGCAACGAAGGAGUCCACGAGAGAGUGAACUUUGAUGAUACCCUCUGGGGGUUUGAGUUGGCUGGGGGCGCAUACUAUGAUACCCCGUUGCGGGUCGUUAAGGUGAAACACAACAGCCGAGCAAUGUUCGCCGGGAUCAAAGUGGGGGACGUUCUGCAAACCAUCAAUGAUAUCAAUACCUUUACUCUCACAGUUCAAGAGGCACACGACAUGAUACUAGACUCGGGCAUAGAAAUCAAGCUGUCUUUCUAUGCGCCAGAUGUGCUAGAGACGAUGCAUUCUGUUUACCAGGAUGAAAUUAACGACGACAAAACCGAACCUAAAGAAUUUCACUAUUUUGAGGAACCUGUGCGUGAUUUGUCAUACAAAGAUGGUAGAGCGAAUCAAGCUUGGAGCAUAAUUUGGCCGUGCAAUAAGAAAAGGGACAUUUUGUAUAAGGAGUCCAACUGUUUCUUGGUGCCCAGUGCUUAUGAAAGAAAACACAAGGAACGGUUAUUAAAAAAUCCGGCGCCGGAGAGCAACGGGUCUGUUUGAGUAGGUUUUAUGAAUUUAUCGACUUUUCAACUUAGUCAAAC